AUGCCCCCCGCGGGCCAAUCCCUCACGGAGAAGGUCACGGACACGCUGCUCUACCCGUUCCACAGCGCGGCGCUGCUCGCGCGGCGGCUCCAGGUCUACGGCGCGGCCUACUACAUUUUCAACACCUACUGCUCCUACGAGGAGCAGGCGGAGCACCUCUACGGCGAGGCCUUGGAGAAGCACUGGGCCGACGCGCACACGCGGCUCGCGUCCGUCGCCGUCUGGCACGCGACGUCGCUGCUGGGCCUCUGGGUGAAGCUCGCGCAGUUCAUGAGCAGCCGCACGGACGUGCUGCCCGAGCCCUGGAUCGCCGCGCUGGCCCAGCUCCAGGACAGCGUGCCGCCGCGGCCCUACCGCGAGGUCGCGACCACGCUCGCCGAGGAGCUCGGCGCCGACUUCGCGGACCUCUUCGAGUCCGUGAGCGCGGAGCCGCUCGCGGCCGCGUCCAUCGCGCAGGUGCACCGGGCGACGCUCAGGGGCGGCGCGGACGUCGUGCUCAAGGUGCAGCACCGCGGCGUGCGCCAGGUCGUGCUCCAGGACCUCGAGAACGCCACGUACCUCUGCGAGUACGUCGCGGCGCAGAAGCCGGAGCACGACUUCCGGGAACUGCUGCGGGAGUGGAUCGACGAGACGAAGCGCGAGCUCGACUUCGAGCGCGAGGCGCUGAACACGGACCUCGUCGGCGACGCGCUGCGGUCCGCGGGCUGCGCCUGCACCGUGCCCGGCGUGAUCCGGAGCGGCCGCGUGCGGCCGACGGCGCGGCUCCUGCCGCUCGAGUUCGUCGACGGCGUCAAGCCCAACGACGCUCGGGCCCUGUCGCGCCUCGAGGUCGACGUCGACGAGCUGUUGGGCGACAUCAGCGAGGCCUUCGCGACGAACAUCCUGAUCGACGGGCGCUUCAACGCGGACCCGCAUCCGGGCAACAUCCUCGUG